ACCAAACAUGGUUGUGUUGUGAAAUCGAAUGCCAUUUGAUAAAUUAAAAAUGAAUGUUAUUAACAGUGGGCCAGGAACAUUGCCCGAAGCAAUGGAGCUGGAUAACCUGAUGAGAUGUCCAAUAUGUUUUGAUCACUUCAAUACAGCCAUGAUCCUACCAAGUUGUUCACAUAAUUACUGUUCCUUGUGCAUCAGGAAAUAUUUUCAGUUCAAGACAAAGUGUCCUAUGUGUGGUAUGCCUGCAGCUGACCCUGACCUUAGAAAUAAUAGAAUAUUGGACAGCAUUGUGAAACAGUUUCUCGAAUUCAGGAAAAAGGUUGUAUUGAUACUGAAUAAGAAGCCAGCAGAUCAGUUGCAAUCUGGUGUAACGUUAACCAGUCCUGUAUCUUGUCCUGGUAACAAGGCCUUUUCUUCAUCCUCAAAGCAUACUAUACAUACGGUUUGUAUAAUAAGUUUUUUCUGAAAUUAGCGGUGCAGAAAGUACUCGUCCACUCGCCAAAUGCAAGUAAAAAUUCUGACGGACGAGCUAAAAAAUGCAACUACC